GAAACAUGCAGAGACAAUAUUGUAUAAUUGUAGUACUAAGUCUUAUUGUAGGACUGCAGGCGUGGGGUUGUCCAUCAGACUUUACGAAAGUUGGUGAAAAGUGCUAUAAGGUGUUCUUGGAAAAGGUUAAUUGGUUUGAGGCCGAUCGCAGAUGUCGAGCUAUGCAUUCCUCCCUCAUGAUAUUUGAUGAUGAAAAUGAUCGCGAAAGUAGCACGAAUUAUUUGAAAGACAUGGGCAUAUCUUUUGCUGAUUAUUACAAUGGGGGUGCUUGGAUAGGCAUCAACUGCUUUGGCAACAACCGACAGUUCGUGGCAUCCCACGAUGGUUCAGCUAUACCCUUUGAGAAAUGGAUUCCAGGCGAACCCAAUAACGAUAAAGGGAAUGAAGAGUGUGUAGCGUAUUCUGACGUCAAAGGUUAUGGUUUAAACGAUCAUUCCUGUACAAAAGUUCAUCAAUAUGUCUGCCAAACAAGAUUUAAGUUCUAUUAAAUAUUUGAGUAUAAUCAAAUUAUAUAUUUUGC